AACAGAGCACGAUCAAUCCAUGCGCGAGGCGGGAGGGUCACUUGACACCGUCUCCAUCUCGGCGGCUGACGGGGAGAUGCUCACUGGUGUCCGGAUGACUUUACAGGCUGCGGCGCCUAUAUAGUGAAUUAGAAGGGUCAGUUUAUCUCACUGUAUAGAUUUAUAUAUAUAUAUAUUUGGCGUCCGCACAUUCGCUGACUGAGGCGCGGGACGUUCCACCCUCCAAAAAAAACCAACAAAAAAAUCCCAGAGAAAUAACCGGAUCCACGCUACUCAUGAAUGAGUCUCCUCUUGUUUCAAGAAUGAUGUGAAGAUCACUUACGGAGGACAACACCGCACUUCAGCUCAUCUAUUUCGGCGCAAUCCCGCUCCUUGCUGACACACAAUCCCGCCGGGGGUUUUGGCGGAGCUCUGUAUUUCUUGGGAAUAAGAAUGUUCUUGGAUAAAGGUGGGACCUACUGUGGCCUCACUAAAGGUCACGGCCCGCUAAAGAUCAUGUCAUCGCCCCUGGCACUGUGGCUAUUGACUCUGAUCUCUGUGAAUCAACAGACUGUUGGACAGACUCUGAAUACCUUCCAGUCAGAGAGGAGGGAAUGGUCACUGAACCACCUGACUGUGCAUCAGUCCUCUGGAGCUCUGUACGUUGGAGCUGUAAACCGAAUCUACAAGUUGUCGGCUAAUCUCACCCUCCUGGUGUCCCAUGACACGGGGCCAGAGUAUGACAACAAAGCAUGUUAUCCUCCACUGAUAGUGCAGCCCUGCUCCGAGCCUUUGGCCUCUACGGACAACGUUAACAAACUGUUGCUCAUCGACUACUCUCACAACCGACUGCUGGCCUGCGGCAGCCUCUACCAGGGCGUUUGCAAGCUGAUGAGGCUGGAUGACUUGUUUAUCCUCGUGGAGCCCACACAUAAGAAAGAACACUACCUGUCCAGUGACAACCAGACAGGGACAAUGUAUGGGGUUGUUGUUCCCUCGCAGGGCCAGGAUGCAACUCUGUACAUCGGCACAGCUGUUGGAGGCAAACAGGACUACUUCCCAACCAUCUCCAGCCGCAAGCUGCCUCGUGACCCAGAGUCAUCUGCCAUGCUGGACUAUGAGCUUCACACUGACUUUGUUUCAUCUCUCAUCAAAAUCCCAUCAGACACACUGGCACUUGUUCCACACUUUGAUAUCUACUACAUCUAUGGCUUCGCUAGCGGCAGCUUUGUCUACUUCAUGACCGUCCAGCCGGAGACUCCAGAGAACGGGAUGCCGGCUGGCAGCUCCCCUGGCGACCUGUUUUACACCUCUCGCAUCAUCCGCCUCUGCAAAGGUGACAAGAGGUUCCACUCCUAUGUGUCACUUCCUGUUGGGUGCGUGCACAGAGGCGAGGAGUACCGUCUGCUUCAGGCCGCUUACCUGGCCAAGGCUGGCAGGGUCCUGGCAACGUCGCUCAACAUCAGCGCCCAGGAGGACGUGGUCUUUGCUGUGUUCUCAAAGGGGCAGAAGCAGUACCACGACCCUUCAGAUCAUUCCGCUCUCUGCGUCUUCACCAUCCAAGACAUCAACACACGCAUCAAGGAACGGCUGCAGUCCUGCUACCAGGGAGAAGGGAACCUGGAGCUGCACUGGCUGCUAGGAAAGGACGUGCAGUGCACCAAGGCGCCUGUUCCCAUCGAUGAUCACUUCUGUGGCCUGGAUAUAAACCAGCCCCUGGGGGGUUCUCAGCUGGUGUCGGGUCAGGCGGUCUUCACCGAGAGCAGGGACAGGCUGACCUCUGUCACCUCCUACGUCUACAAUGGACACACUGUGGUCUUCCUGGGCACCAGAAGUGGACGGUUGAAGAAGAUCAGGGUGGACGGCCCUCUGGAUGCGGGAGUGCUGUACGAGACAGUGAACGUGAUGAAGGAGAGCGGCGCCAUCCUCCGGGACAUGGCCUUCUCCCUGGACAGGACCUCUCUCUAUGUCAUGUCGGACAAUCAGGUGGCUCAGGUCCCCGUGGAGGCCUGCGAGCAGUACGGUACAUGUGCCGAGUGCCUGAGUGCUGGUGACCCCCACUGUGGCUGGUGUGUCCUGUACAACAUGUGCUCGAGGAAGGAUCGGUGUCAGAGGGCAGAGGAGACCUUCCGCUUCGCCACGGACAUUGACCGCUGCGUGAAAGUCAUCGCUCAUCCGGACAGCAUCGCUGUAUCAGCACAUAGUGUCCCCCUUCUGCUGGAGGUGAAUAAUGUUCCCGACCUUUCCGCUGGAGUCACCUGUUCCUUUGGCCACCAUGCCCAGGUGGAGGGUCACGUCAAAGGGAACAGGGUCAUGUGUCUGUCCCCGGCUGGGAGAGAGGUCCCUCGGAUACCAGAGGGACAAGACUGGGCUGGUGUAGAACUUCAUCUAAACUCAAAGGAGACGGGUCAAAUGGUCGCCAGCACCGAGGUGAAAUUCUACAACUGCAGCACACAUCAAACGUGUCUGUCGUGUGUCAACAGCACUUUUCGCUGCCACUGGUGUAAAUACCGCAACCUGUGCACCCACGAUCCGAGCAGCUGCUCUUUCCAGGAGGGAAGAGUCAACGCCUCAGAGGAUUGCCCUCAGCUCCUUCACUCUGGGGAAAUUCUCAUCCCGGCCGGCGAAGUCAGACCCAUCACCUUGAGGGCCCGGAACCUGCCCCAGCCACAGUCGGGCCAGCGGGGCUACGAGUGCGCGGUGCACGUGCAGGGUGUCAGCCACCGUGUCACGGCGCUGCGCUUCAACAGCACCAGCGUGCAGUGCCAGAACAGCUCGUACUUGUACGAGGGUGUGAAGAUCAGUGACCUGGCAGUGGACCUCUCCAUCGUAUGGAACGGCAAUUUCAUCAUCGACAAUCCCGGGAAGAUUAAAGUGCACCUCUACAAGUGCAGCGCGCAGCGGGACAGCUGUGGCAUGUGUCUGCGGGCGGAGAGGAAGUUCCAGUGUGGCUGGUGCAGCGGCGAGGGCCGGUGCACCAUGAAGCAGCACUGUCCCCCCAUCUCCCCCUACGCCAGCCGCUGGCUGGACCUCUCUGCCAGGAACGUCAAGUGCACCAACCCACGCAUUACCGAGGUGAGCCCCGUGGCGGGGCCUCUGGAGGGGGGGACACUGGUCACCAUCCAGGGCCUGAACCUGGGCCUGUCCUUCUCCGAGCUGGAGGGUAACGUGGAGGUUGCAGGAGUGCAGUGCACCCCGCAGGAGGCGGGAUACAUCACUGCAGAACAGAUCGUGUGUGAGAUGGCUGCGGCCGCCAAAGGAAGUGCACCGGGCCCGGUGAAGCUCUGCGUCGGCGAAUGUAGACCAGAGCUGCGGGCGCAGUCCCCCCAGCUCUACUCCUUUGUGAUCCCUUCCAUGCUGGCACUGACCCCAGGCAGAGGGCCUGAAUCUGGGGCCACCAAGGUCACCAUUGUCGGGGAGAACCUGGGUGCCGGCAGCACUGUCAACGUGUACUUUGGUAAUCAGACCUGUGAGCUGUACAGGAGGACUAUGUCGGAGAUCGUGUGCUUCUCGGCGCCAUCGGUAACGGGGGCGGGGCCGGUGCAGGUCAGUCUGAGAGUCGACCGCGCCAACGUUCCUGGGAGUUUGGCCUUUGAGUACAUCGAGGACCCCACAGUGCAGCGCAUUGAGCCCCUGUGGAGCAUCACCAGCGGACACACCACCCUGACGGUGACCGGGACCAACCUGGAUGUAGUUCAGGAGCCGCGAGUCCGAGUCAAAUAUGCCGGCCACGAAUCUGUCAACGUGUGCAAAGUGCUGAACACGACCACCAUCAGCUGCUUCGCUCCCUCUCUGAAGGCGGAGCACGCCGCCGACCAGGAGACGGUCAAACACGUGGACGAGUUCGGCUUCGUCUUCAACAACGUGCAAGCCCUGCUCACGUACAACAACACCAGCUUCGUCUACUACCCCAACCCUUACCUCGAGCCCCUCAGCCUGUCGGGCGUUCUGGAGCAGAAACCCGGAGCUCCCAUCAUACUCAAAGGACGUAACCUGGUGCCGUCUGCAUCCGGCGGAGCCAGGCUGAAUUACACGGUGCUGAUUGGGGACACGCCCUGUUCGCUCACCGUGUCCGACACUCAGCUACUCUGCGAACCACCGAACCUCACCGGGCAGCACAAAGUCCUGGUCCAAGUGGGAGGCCUCCACAUCUCCCCGGGAGAAGUUCACAUUCGCUCCGACAGCCUGCUCACCCUCCCCGCCAUCUUCAGCAUCACAGCGGGCGGAGGGCUGCUCCUCGUCAUCGUCGUCAUCGUCCUGCUGGCCUACAGACGCAAGUCCCAUGAGAACGACCUCACUCUGAAACGCCUGCAGAUGCAGAUGGACAAUCUGGAGUCCCGUGUGGCUCUGGAGUGCAAAGAGGCCUUCGCAGAACUGCAGACGGACAUCAACGAGUUAACCAGUGAUCUGGACAGAGCGGGCAUCCCCUACCUGGACUACCGAACCUACGCCAUGAGGGUUCUCUUCCCCGGCAUCGACGAUCACCCCGUGCUCAGGGAGUUGGAGGUGCCGGGGAGCGGGCAGGCGAGCGUGGAGAAAGCCCUGAAGCAGUUUGCUCAGCUGGUGAAUAAUAAGGUCUUCCUGCUGACAUUCAUCCGCACGCUGGAGCUGCAGCGCUCGUUCUCCAUGCGUGACCGCGGCUACGUGGCCUCGCUCAUCAUGACCGCGCUGCAGGGGCGGCUGGAGUACGCCACAGACAUCCUCAAGCACCUGCUCUCGGACCUCAUAGAGCGCAACCUGGAGAGCAAGAACCACCCCAAACUACUCCUGCGCAGAACCGAGUCGGUGGCGGAGAAGAUGCUGACAAAUUGGUUUGCCUUCUUGCUCCACAAAUUUCUCAAGGAGUGUGCUGGCGAGCCUCUCUUCAUGCUGUUCUGUGCCAUCAAACAGCAAAUGGAGAAGGGGCCCAUAGACUCCAUCACUGGAGAGGCGCGCUACUCCCUCAGUGAGGACAAGCUCAUCCGACAGCAGAUUGAAUACAAGACCCUGACGCUGAGCUGUGUGAACCCGGACAAUGAGAACAGCCCAGAGAUCCCUGUCAAGGUGCUCAACUGUGACACCCUCACCCAGGUGAAGGAGAAGAUCCUGGAUGCGGUGUACAAGAACAUGCCCUACUCACAGCGGCCGCGAGCUGCGGACAUGGAUCUAGAGUGGCGGCAGGGCCGAACGGCCCGCGUGGUGCUGCAGGAUGAGGACAUCACCACCAAGAUAGAGAGCGACUGGAAGAGGCUCAACACACUCAUGCACUACCAGGUGUCGGAGCGCUGCGUAGUGGCCUUGGUGCCCAAACAGAUGUCUUCUUUCAACCUUCCCUCCUCGGCCAGCUUCCCACGCAGUAUCAGCAGAUACGGCGUGGACGUACCCUUCCGCUCCAACCCCACCAGCCCCGACAGCCCCCACUCCCGUGUGCCCAUGCUGACCCCUGACCUGGAGAGCGGCGUCAAAGUUUGGCACUUGGUCAAGAACCACGACCACGGGGACCAGAAGGAGGGAGAACGCGGCAGCAAGAUGGUGUCGGAGAUCUACCUGACGAGGCUACUGGCAACAAAGGGCACACUGCAGAAGUUUGUGGACGACUUGUUCGAGACCCUGUUCAGCACAGUGUGCCGCGGCACCGCCCUGCCGCUCGCAAUCAAGUACAUGUUCGACUUUCUGGACGAGCAGGCGGACCGACACGACAUCCACGACACGGACGUUCGCCACACGUGGAAGAGCAACUGCCUGCCUCUGCGUUUCUGGGUGAACGUGAUCAAGAAUCCUCAGUUUGUGUUCGACAUCCACAAGAGCAGCAUCACGGACGCCUGUCUGUCUGUGGUGGCCCAAACCUUCAUGGACUCCUGCUCCACGUCCGAGCACCGUCUGGGCAAAGACUCACCCUCCACCAAACUGCUCUACGCCAAGGAUAUACCGCACUACAAAAGCUGGGUGGAAAGGUACUACGCUGACAUCAGCCGCCUGCCUGCCAUCAGCGAUCAGGAUAUGAAUGCCUAUCUGGCUGAACAGGCUCGCCUUCACUCCAGUGAGUUCAACGUGCUCAGUGCCCUCCACGAGAUCUACGCCUACGUCAGCAAGUACAGCCAAGAGAUCAUCGAGGCACUGGAGCAAGAUGAACAGGCCCAGAAGCAAAAGUUGGCGUAUAAACUGGAGCAGAUCAUCUCAGUCAUGUCUACAGAGAGCUGAGACUCAUACACACUCAAGUACAUGUACACACACACAGGGAAAAAUACUGUAACAGAGGAGUUAUAAACCCAUCACCAACACAUGUGGCUCUCGUUUGCACAUGUACUGUACAUGGACAUUACACGCACACAUACGAUCACACAUAAACACACACACACACACUGACGUACACAGAGACGCGGGCCUACUGUAUAACCAAACGAUACAUACACAUGCAAACACAAACACACACACACACACACACACAUACAACUGUACAUACACAAACCGCAGCACACAUCAAACAGCAGAUUGUCCCAAAGCACGACAUUUGCAUCCAAUGUCAUUGUUUGUUUUUUCCAGAAGGAACUCCAACAGGCAAACAUCCAGCUUCUGAAAGGCUCCGAUAUUUAUAAAGAGAGAGAACAGAGGAAGAAAGAGGAUUUGGGCCAUCGCGGUUGCAUGGUUGCGUUAUUUGCUGCCAAUUCUUUUCCGCCGGGUAACGGUUGGUCUUUGUAGUUGGUGCUCAUACUAAAUGUCAUAAGACAGCACUUAAUAAAGAAAGACUCCACUUGAAAAGUCACUGGAGGAGCGCAACAAAGACGGCAGCCAAUUUAAUGGGAGGCCACAUGUGGCGAGAGGAGACACACAAAGUACUUUUUAUACGGCAAAGUUGAAGGACGCUUAUUUGAACCACAUAUCACAGGCGCGGAGUGACAUUGCCACUUGGAGCCAUUGGGGGAAGAGAUGUGUAACUUUGUGUUGUUAAAGCCUUUUUCCCGUUGCCUUUUAAAGGCUUUAAAAAAAAUUCAAAAAAGACCCUGGCAUCAUUACUUCUCAUUCUCCUACUUGAAGCUCAAUGACGUUUUUGUCAAAUAAAAGUUUCCUGAAUUUCAAGUCUUGCUAGGCAUAGAGCAAGCGCACACAAAAGCUGUCAUUGAGAAGCUGAGUCUUUGAAUAUGUACCUUGAAAUUUGAAAUAUAAAAAGGAUGGUGACGUAUUUCCCCGGCCUUUUUUGUGCCAAAUACGUCUCAUGUUGCAUUCAUGUGAAAUGCUCCUGUAGGAGCUAUUAAUGGCGCGAGCCAUUGUGCGGAAGAGAUCCCAUUUGAGAUAGCACAUUCCGUGCGCUGAUGAUCUAGAGGCCGCUAAUUCAGCCAUUCAAAGAUAAGUGGAGACCCAAUCGAAACUGUGGCGGAGAGCGUGAUUAAUGACGCCAGGAGCCUGAUCCGAGGAUCCGAUUAGCCUCGCCCGCCGGCCAGCGGCGCCGGCUGCCCCCGCCCUCCACCUCUCAUCAGUCAUUGUUUACAUUGAGCACGAUACUUGAAAUGCACCAAGUGUAAGAGAUGCCGAGAACACCUGCUGCUCCUGUGGAGUAAUCUGGUCGGAUUAAGUCGAGACGGCGGCUUUGAUGCCUCAUUGAUUCCCCCCCCGACGAAUCCACUUUGAGCGUUACCUGGAAAUUAAACAUAGCGGGGCGAAAAAAAAAUGUCUGUUGCUCGACGGAGCCAUCUUCGCUUCGCGCCCCGAACCGUUUCCCUGUUUCAGUCUGCGAGUCACGAGUUUUUCAUUUGGCAUUCAGUGUGUAAUAUUUUACCUGACGGCCUGUCGUCUCCCUGCUGCUGUAUUUAUAGAGUGCCAUAUCUAACCUUUGAAAUUAUUACAAUUAUCACGGAGGUCAAGUCUCGGCGCGAGCAAAUCGCGCUCACCCAGUGUUUUAGUUUUUAAUUGUUUCAAACCGUUGCGCUGAUGAACGACCCGACGUCUUUCUGCGCUCGAUGCAGGGUCGUCCCAUUGUUCCAUAAAGAGUCACUGCGACCGUCCAUCAACUCCCUCCUGGAGAAUUGCUCUAUUUUUUAACCAUUUCAGUAUCAGUGGGGUUAAUGUAAAUCCCCACAGGACCUUGAUCCACGUUGCUCUGAAAGAACAAGAUAAAAUACGAUAGAUAAUAAAUUCCAUUUCCCUGUUAAGUGUUGAAAUACGACAGAGCAGUCUUCUGUUUCAUGUGUGGUAUGAUGACGAUAAUUUAUAAAUGUGUUGUGCAAUAAACUGUCAGACAUUUAAAACAGUAAUGUUUUUUUUUAAACUAUAUCUUAUUGUAUAAAUAUUGUACAUAAAAAAAACAACUACUAUUUUGCAAGAGAAAAGUUCACUUUGUACUGUUGUUAUACAUUAAAUGCGCAGCUGAUGAAAAGGACUGCUGCGUGGUUUCUU